AUGAAAUUUCUCUUACCUCUUUUAGUGCUCCUCUUGUCUGUUGCAGCCGCACCUUACCAACACAAAAGGGCAUCGACUGUUACGAAGCCUUCUGAAGAUCCAUUUUAUACACCACCAACGGGAUAUGAAUCGCAGCCUGUUGGGACUAUUCUAAAGAGUCGUAAAAUAGACAAUCCAGUUGGGUUUGUUGUGAUUGCUGAAAAGCUUAAGGCUUCUUACCAAUUUAUUGUUCGUUCUGAAGAUACUUUCGGUAAUGCUAUUGCAAUUGCUACAUCUUUAUAUAUUCCAGUCAAUGCUGAUCCAUCCAAACUUCUUUCUUAUCAAGUUGCUGAAGAUUCUGCCAACUUAAAUUGUGCACCUUCAUAUUCGUUCCAAUUAGGAUCUGAUGUUGAAACUUAUGCAUCAGGACAAAUAGAACAAAUUUUUACUCAGGCAGGUUUGGCAGAAGGCUGGUAUGUUGUUGUUCCAGACUAUGAAGGUCCAAAUGCAGCAUUUGGAGCAGCUCAUCUUGCAGGAAAAUCUGUUUUAAACUCAGUCAGGGCUAUAUUGAGUUCAGGUAAUAUCACUGGGAUUGACAGUGAUGCAAGCGUUUCCUUCUGGGGUUACUCUGGAGGUUCUUUGGCCACCGGGUGGACUUCGUUAUUAGAGCCCACAUACGCCCCAGAAUUAAGUUCCCAAGUUGUCGGAUAUGCUUAUGGAGGUAUUGUUGCCGAUUUAGACAAUGUUGCUCGUUUUAAUAUGGGUAAGUGGUCUGCAGGAUUCAUAUUUGCUGCUAUCAAUGGAUUAGCACAUGAAUACCCUACAAUUAAUACCUUUAUCGAAGAAAAUAUCUAUUCUUCAAUGUUCGCUAAAUUUACAGAUGUAGAUCAAAUCUGUGAAAGCAUUUAUAUAUUCGAAUAUGCCUUUAAUACUUGGACCGAGUAUUUUGAAGCCGGUGAAGCAAUUUUAGAUGACCCUAUUGUCUACAAUGUCACCUCGCAACUCAAUAUGUCGAUUCUGGGAUUAGUACCUACAGCCCCACUAUAUUUCUACAAUGCCAAAUUUGAUGAGAUUAUCCCUGCUGCAGAUGCUGAUACCUUGUACUCUACUCUUUGUAAAGAGGGAGUGAGCAUCGAAUAUCAUCAAGACUUGCUCGGAGGGCACCUUAUUGAUAUGUACACAGGAUGCGAUGCAGCAUUUCUGUGGUUGAAGGACCGUAUGAAUGGUAAAGCUGCUACCACUGGAUGUGUAAAAAAAACUAGUCUCACUUCUGUUUUCACAAAGGCAGGACUUACUGGCUUCAGUGAUAUCAUUUCAGCAGCACUUUGGAAUGUUUUUGUUGAAUUUGGAAGCUCAUAUGAAACUUUCUUCUAA